UCUCCAUCCUUUCGUAUCCUUUGUCGUUGCUCCCCAUUUUGUUGUGAUUUCCAAUAAUUCUCUUAGACUCCUCGACUCUGUUCCGCCGCACUCACCUCAUCAAAGAGCGACAUCGACAUUGACUCACAAACUACAAAAUGCCGCUUCGCGAUGUCUUGUUCCCGAUGCGCGCGCGCAACAAGAAGAAGGACGCCGAAAUCUUCAUGAAUCAGGCACAGGAUGUCUGGACGUGGUUUGCAGGCUUGUUGUACACGCAACAGCAGCUCUUGUUGGACGGGCUGUUGCAGCGAUGCGCGACAGUGCUGCAUGCACACAUUGCAUCAGAGCUGCAGGCCGCGUUGAAGCGCGACUUUCUGGCGACGCUUCCAGUCGAGCUUUCGUUGCACAUUGUCUCGUUCAUUGACGAUCCACAGACGCUCUGCAGCAUGGCGCAAGUGUCCCGGACGUGGAACCAGAUCGCGUCCGACAACUUCCACUGGCACCGUCUGUGCUUGCGUCGCAACUUUAUCCCAUUCCGGCCAGAGCAGGUCCUUGCGACACGCAUGGAGCAGGCAUACGAAGAAAUGUGGUGGGGCAUGUCCUCGUCAACCGUGCCUGCCGCCAUUGCGGCCGCAGCACCCACGGCGAAUCUUGCCACCAUUCCUGGUGCUGGUAUGCUUGUGCCCUCUGCGACGUUUGCUGCUGGCGGCGCGUCGUUCCCGGCACCUUCCAUCACUGGCGAGGUGAGCUCUUCUAGUGCCAUGGAAGCCGCCAUCUCUGCUGCCAUGGAAUCAUCGCCCAUGACCAUUUCUCGAUCGCAAUCACGACCCUCCGCCGCCUCACAACAAUUGUCAGCCUCCCUCGCUUCCCACCACGGCAGUCUUGGCACUGCCAACGCCUCCUCCUCCUCGUACGCUCCAUCGCACAUCGACAUGAUGGACGAGUCCCACUCGUCCCGCAACCGUCCUCGGCUUUCAUCCUCCAGUUUAUCCGCCACCCCGACAGGGCGGCGGUCUGGAUCUUCUUCGCUGAGCGUUUCGUUGGGGAAUCACGGCAGCGGCCUUCAAAGCAUGGACGGAACUGUUUCCUCGUCAUUAUCAUCGUCCAUGCGCGCAGCUGGACACCUUUCGCCUCCCUCCCAUUCCGCUGCGCUAUCACCCUCCAUGUCCACUGCCGCCGCCGUCUCGUCGUCCACUCCCGCCACCACCACCUCCUCGUCGUCAACCUCCAUCUCUUCAUCAGCGUCUUCUCAAUCUGCGGCGGCACGACCACGGAGCUCCCAUGUAUCAGGCGAGCCGUCAUCCCAGGACUUGCAACCGUACUACAGCGCAACCCCACAAAACCGAACCGCGCUCAUAUCGCUCUACAAUGCGUAUGGCGGCAACGAGGUCGAUUGGAAGAGCGUGUUUGGUCAGUACUACCGCGAAACGAUGCGGCUGCAGAGCAAUUGGCGUCGAGGCGUGCACGUCAAGCACGAGGUCCAGGCGCACACGGAGGAGGUCACCUGCGUGCGGUACACGGAGGAUCGUCUCGUCUGCGGCUCGUAUGACGGCCUGGUGAAGGUCUGGGACAUGAAGGAGAACUUGUGCCUCGGCUCUCUGAUGGGCCACGGAGACGCCAUCACCUGCGUCGCAUUUAACGAGAGUAUUAUUGUCAGCGGCUCGCUCGACCACUCGCUACGAGUCUGGGACGCGAACACGGGCCGUGCCGUGCGUGCGCUCAUGGGACACACUGCCGAGGUGGAGUGCGUCGCCAUCGACGCCACUCGCAUUGUGAGCGGCUCUUGGGACAACACGCUGCGUGUGUGGAGUGUCGAGACAGGCCACUGCAUCAACACGCUCUCGGGUCACCGCGGCUCCAUCUACUGUGUGCAGUUUGACGCGGACAAGAUUGUCUCGGGCUCUGGCGACCGCACGGUCAAGUUCUGGUCGUGGGCGACUGGUACUUGCUACCGAACGAUCGAGGCACACAACGACACCGUCACCUGUCUGCAGUUCGACCACGAGCUGCUCGUCACGGGCUCGUACGACUGCGACGUCAAGGUGUGGAGCAUGGAAAGCGGCACGCCGCUCUUCACGCUCCGCGGCCAUGUGGGCGAAGUCUGGUGUCUGCAGUUUGACGCCUUGGCGAAUCGCAUCAUUUCGGGCUCCAACGACGGCACCAUCCGCGUCUGGAACCUGCAGGCCGGGCAAUGCAACUAUGUCUUGCGGCAUGGCAGUGCGGUCAAUUCUCUCCAGUUUGACGAUCGCAAGAUUAUCAGCGGCUCGUCGAACAAGGCGCUGCAGCUGUGGGACUUUUCUGCACAAUAGCGCGCCCUCUCGUUGACUCGCGUGUUAUUCCGAUCUUGUGUUUUUAGGGGUGUUUUUCGUUUAUUUCUGUGGUCGUCACAGUUUGGUUUUAUCAUAAUUCUCUUCCUCUCCUUCCUCUUCUUCCUCUUUUCCCUC